AGUCUGGCGCUAGAAACGAGUGAGGGAGGUGCGGCUCUGUGCUCGUCCGCUCUAACCAUUCUUUAUCAGUCCCCUGGUGAGAGAAAGUUGCAGGGGCAAAGUCAGGAAAGAUAGAGAAAAGAUAUAUAUAUAUAUUUGUGCCGUGGAAUGUAGAGUGAAGUUUGUGUGGAUUAUAUGAGAGCGGCGGUGGACAGGUGGAAGAUCAAAACAACAGGUACUGAGAGGUCCAAUCAGAACAAGGUUUUGUCUUAGCAGGCCGCGUUCCACUGGUCCACCAAGAGAUCACUGAGACGAGCCAUUGUGUGGCGCCGACACAGGUUCCUUCACCUACACAGGAGUCUGAUGAACGUGUGCCAUGUUGGUGUGGGGCGGGGACCCCUGAGCCCCCCGCGCGCCCCAGGCCGGACCCCGGGGCACACGUAAAGUAUCCGGCCCUGGGGGUAGGCGAGGCGGCGUGAGAAGCAGCCCCAGGGGGCGGGCAGAGGAGCGCCCUGGAGGAGGAGAGAGAGAGAGAGGAGCCGAGUAAGAAGUGUGAGAGGGUGAGGAGAGAGUGUCUGCGAGCGUGGCCACCAGCACAGGAUGCCAGGCGUCGCCCAGUACUGACUAACAUCAGCAGCGGAUAUGCAGGGCUGACGUCAUCUGGAGAGUGCCCUGGGUGCCACAGCACAAGUGCCCAUCAGUGGCCCUCUGUCGUCGACACGUGCCACCCACACUGGCGCCGUGACCAUGUCGACGCCACCACCCACGUGUUGAGAGAGGAGUGAGGCAGGUGUUGGUGUGUGUGUGUGUGAACACAUAGGUGAGCGAGGCUCUUCACCAUGCCCAACAUGAACCUCAAGAAGCUGUGGAGGAAGAAGAGUGUGACCAUCACGGAAUACGACCCCACCUACAAGGUCGUCUAUCUGGGCAACGUCCUCACCGGCUGGGCCAAAGGGGAAGGAUGUGUGGACAAGCCGCUGGCAACACUAUGGAGGAACUACUGUCAAAGUACCCGGCAAGACAUCGCGAUGAAGGUGACGAUCUGCGGAGCGGGUCUGAGGGCGGUGACGCGGGAACACGGCCUCACGGAGUACUGGGCCCACCGCGUCACCUACUGCGUCGCUCACCCGGCCUACCCCAGGGUCUUCUGCUGGGUCUACCGCCACGAGGGACGCAGGCUCAAGCAGGAGCUCCGCUGCCAUGCUGUCCUCUGUCCCAAGAACACCAAGGCCGAGGCAAUGGCAACACAACUGAGGGUCCGCCUUACAUCAGCUCUGCAAGAAUUUAGACGAGAAAAAGUUGUGCGACAGAAUGCUCGGAUGUCCCUCAUGCACGCCAUCUACGACUCUGCGUCCAUCCCACGGCGCAAGCUGCUCCUGUCCACGGGGGCUGCCAACUAUCGCCCACCCCUCGAGAGGUCCAAGAGUGCACCUAAGCUUGGUGCCAUCGAAGAGACCAUAGAAGAGGAGGACGAGGAGGGUCUCGGAAAUAGCGACGAGGAGGAAAUAGAUGACUUAGCUUCGGUUCACCUACAGCCGGAAGAGGAUGUAGGUGGGUCCAGCACCAUGUCAGAGACAACCUCAGAUAUUGUUGUGGAUUAUGACUCUAGUAGUGAGGUUGCAAGUGCCGGACAAGAUCAUUAUGUGCUUGAAGAAGAGUACGAAGAUGACAGUCCACAGUUUGCUUCUCCAUGCCACCACUCCGAGAGUCUCCUUUAUUGCCCAGUGCCUCCCCUCUCGCCUCUGGAUGACCGACCACUGCAUCACAAGCCACUGGGUGUUGUGGAAGAAGCAGUGGAUGACGAGGGGUCAUGUGAUAGUACAAGAGGUGCUGAUGUACGAGGAAGAGAUGAUUUGGGUUUGCUGGCCUCCUUAACACGUGAGCUAAACCUCGCUCCCCCUGCAGAGGAAUCUCUCACUUCGGACCAACCUGAGUCCUUGGGAUCCCACUCGUGCAGUUCCUCAUGCGGUGCCUGCAGCGACCCCUGUGAUGUCACUACUGAGCAGGAGAACCUCAUGAACGAAAGUGAUCACAUUAUUAAUGAAAGUCACCUUAUAAAUGGAGGUGAAAACCCAGGGAAGAUGGCUCGCAUGGAAGGUGAUAACAUAAGUGAAGAAAGUGGCUACUCUGAGGACAAAGACUCUCUUCAAAAUCUAGAUGCAACCAAACUGUAGUGCCCUCUGUUGGUGAAACCUGGUACCUUAGCAGUGACUUACCAGUGAUACUGUAGUGAGUGAACCUCCUUCCCUUGUUCAGAAAAUAUAAUCAUGCAAGUCCCUUUCCUCUGUGUGAUUACAGUUAGGAAUGUGUGUGACACAUGCAAGGACAGAUAUACUUUUCUGUCCCGUCUCUAGUGUGGUGUAUGCUUCUGUUACUAGUCCAGAGAACUUAGUGCUUCAUUGUUUAAAAAAGAUCUUGCGAAGUGCUUCUUAUACAACCAGAUGAAGGUCAGAAUCAGACAAUUUGGUUAUGAAAUAGUCAAUAAAUAGCAAGGAUUCAAUGCUUCCACUCAUAAAUAUUGAUAUGUUCUGACAUCUUGAAGGAAGAAAAGUUCAUUAUGUAACAAAUCAAAAUGCCUUAAAGUUCUCCUGUUGACAAGAUUCAUUUAAUGUUUGAUCUACUCUGCAUUCAUUUGCCUGUCAAUGAACGUUAACAGAUAUCAGAAGCAGCAUACUGUCAAUUCAAACAGAUUACCAUAAUUCAUAGGAGAUUAUGGUAAAUCUGGAUGUACUACUGUAUGCUUGAACAAGUUGCCGGUGACUCUGGUAGUGACCCAGCUGGAAUAGUUUCCAUAGGUGUCAGUGAAUCACAGUUGUUAGCUUUACCCCCCCCCCACACCUCUUCUUCAUUAUGACCAUUAACUAAGUUGUGAAUAUUAUGUGUAUUAUGUAACUAAGCUUUUUAACACCAGUAAGCUAUACGAGUAUAUGCCAGUAGCUGCUGGCUAAAGAUCCAACAGUAUAUAUUUGAAACCUUUAGUAUUCUCUGGUAUACACACCAUUCCCUGGAUACAUCUUAUCUUGACUUAAAAUUAUCAUUGAAGAUAAAGAUGAGUGUGUCAGUUGCUGAUCUAUAAUUAAGUCUGUGACUAUAUUGCGAUCAGAAUAUUAUUUAUCGUGUGCUCAUUACGAUUUCAAAAAUAAUAUAAAGCUAGUGGUAAUAUUAAAUGCAUGUAAUUACAUGCCAAAUUUUACCACUGUGAAAUUUUAAUUCCCAAAGGUGCCAUAUUCCGUUUUAUGUGUCAGCCUAUCAUCAGGUCAUCUUUCAUUAUCAUUACAAAUUGACGCGCUUCAAACAAUACCCUUGUACUUCCCCCAGAUAUUGAUGCUCUUCAAAUAGGAUCCUUGUACUUUCCCCAGAUAUUGACACUUCAAACUCUUGCACUUUCAAGCCCUUGCACUUUCCCCAGAUAUUGACGCUCUUCAAACAAGACCCUUGCACUUUCCCCAGAUAUUGACGCUCUUCAAACAAGACCCUUGCACUUUCCCCAGAUAUUGACGCUCUUCAAACAGUACCCUUGCACUUUCCCCAGAUAUUGACGCUCUUCAAACAGUACCCUUGCACUUUCCACAGAUAUUGACGCUCUUCAAACAAGACCCUUGCACUUUCCCCAGAUAUUGACGCUCUUCAAACAAGACCCUUGCACUUUCCCCAGAUAUUGACGCUCUUCAAACAGUACCCUUGCACUUUCCACAGAUAUUGACGCUCUUCAAACAAGACCCUUGCACUUUCCCCAGAUAUUGACACUCUUCAAACAAGACCCUUGCACUUUCCCCAGAUAUUGACGCUCUUCAAACAGUACCCUUGCACUUUCCCCAGAUAUUUCAAUAUAUCCCAAAAGUUGAGGUUCUCUCAACAUGGGGUUUUGGUCAUCCUUGUAUCUUGGGUCUCCAUCAUUGCUGAUUCAUCACUUUUUUCACUAAUUUUUCUCCCAAGAUGCUUAUCCUUUCAAUUUCUACUAAAAAAAUUUCUCAUUUUACUUUCUUUUUACAAAAAAAAACAUUUUAUUUGUGAAAAUUCAUUUAACAAUAGGUUUGUAUUUUUCUUUCCUUAGCUUUAAAUAGCUAUACAGGUAUAUACUGUAUGUUUGAUUGAACUCAUUGAUAAAAUAAUAAUUAAAAUAUAGCAUAUAUUAAUAAAAAUAUCAUGUAUUGUAAUACAUUUGAAACAAAAAAAUCGUGAUCUGCUACAUUCAGUGAUUAUAUCAAUACGUUAUUUAUGCUAACUUUUCCAAGAUAGUAUUUAUCAAUGAUUCAAUGAUACUAUCUCACAUAAGGCUAUAUUUUGACUUCGAUUAGAUGUGUAUGAUAAUACUUAAUUGAAAUGCAUGUACAGUGUGUGUGUGUGUGUGUGUGUGUGUGUGUGUGUGUGUGUGUGUGUGUGUGUGUGUGUGUGUGUGUGUGUGUGUGUGUGUGUGUGUAAUUACCUGAGUGUAGUUACAGGAUGAGAGAUACACUCGUGGUGUCCCUUGUGUGUGUGUUUUCAAACACAGUGCUAAAACAAGUAUAUUUGAUAUCUUAGUGCAAUAUCAGAGAGAGAGAGAGAGAGAAACAGUAAGAUCUUUAGGCAUACAGUAUUGUUCAAAUACUGUACAGGAAUCAAACAUGUGACUGAAGUGCAUUCACAAGUACCUUAGGUAUUUUAUGAAAUGUUGUAUGACUUAAUAUAUACAUACUGUUGUUUGUAAAUAUUCCUUCAUGCCAUACUCUAUUAUAAAUCAUGUAUGCCCUCAUAUUCAUCAGCCUCAUUACAUUGGUAUAAAAUGGGGUGGGAUAGAUUAUUGGAGACAGACUGGUAUUCUAAUACAGAACGGAAUUAUGCUAAUCUGAUUUAUUGGCCUGUGAUUUACUUAUAGAGCUUCUUUAAUAUUGCAUUAUUAAAUUUCAAACAUCUUGAUUCUUCUGUACUUUGUAAUCGAAUGUUUUGUUAAGAGUUUCUUGUUAAUUGUUUCACUAAUUUCAACUUCUUUCCCUUGUUUGUUGAGUAAAUAUCUAAUAUUAUUUUGUAAGUAAUGAACAUGAAUCAUUUUGUUACUAAAAUGUAAAUAUUUUUUCCCCGAUGUACCAUUGUUAAUUUAGAGCAUGAAGCAUUUUACAUCUUAACGCCUUCAUAUUUACCGCAUGCUGUACGGUGACAUGCUAAAUGCAGCUAACUGCUAAGUCAAAUUCAUUAGUAUGUAACGAAUGAGUUGACAGUAGAGUGACUCAUGCAGAUCUUCGACCAAAUGCCAGCUGUUAAUUUUGUUCCCCUCACAAAAAUGUUUUCCCUCUCACAAAAAAAUUUCCUCUUACAAAAUUGUAUUCCAAUUUAAGGUUACAGUAUCUGUAUCUUCUCACUGGUGGCAUCAACAUUCUCAUCUAUUUAUGUGAUGUAAAAAUCAAAUCUGCAAAAAUUCAUUCAUCUGUAAUUAGACAACAUAAUUUAUAUAUCAUCUUUCCCGUAAAUCUUUUACAAGAUGGAUGUAUUUUGAAAGGUGUUCAUUAUUAAAGAAUUAGUUACAUUUGUCUCUCAAACCUAACUAGUUUCACCUACCAUUAGUAAUAUGACAUUCAUAUUCUUCUGGUAUUAUUUAUAGCCUAAAAUAUAAAUAUUGUUAUAAUUUCUUUGUUAAAAUGCAUAUUGAAGGACUUAAUAUUAGUUUAUUUUUUUAAUUACAGUACAUUACACGACAUAAAGUUAUUAGCCAGUCUCAUGUUUUGCAAGUUCCUGCCUUGCAGAGUCUCAUUUGAUGACAUAUAUUAUUCAGUGUUUAGUUAACCUAGUUAGUACAGUUUUUGUAUUUCAGUUCAAUUUGUGUGUUCUGUACUUGAAACACGCCCAUAGUGUGCUAGGCUAAAUAAUGGUGCCACAGGCAAAGUACCUUGAGUACGGUAUAGAACUUUGGUUUUAUACAUAUCACACACAUAAUAUCAGUAUUAUAUCAUGGAUUGUGCGGAAAAAAAUAAUCCAAAUAACUGUAAUUCCGUGACGAGUUGUCUUCUGUAUUCUCAACAUUUGACUAAUUUGUGAAAAUGGUGAAUAACUUUCAACUACUGUGAGAAUUGCAAUGUUAAAUAUUAUUGUGAGUGCUAAACUUUUAAAAUAUUAAUAAGGACCAAGUGUGCUGCAAGUUCAUGUUUAUUUGUACAUCUCUCGAGAAUUACGCGCAAUACCUCAUUACAAUGAAAGUUAGGGCUCAUAAAUUCUGUGCUUUAUGAACAAAACUUGGUGAUUAUAGCAUUUUAAACAAGAGGAUUGAUAAGUUUAGUAAUACUGUACUGUAUGAGAAUUUAUAUAAUAUAUUGAGUACUGUUUUGUGAAAACUUCAUAACAGUAGUUUUGUGAGAAUAAAACUAGCAAGACAUUUACUAUGGCAAUUGUGCUUCUUAGCAAGUAUGCUGUGAGAGCUAGAGUCGGUAAAUAUCUAGUACUAGUACUCUACGAAUUUGGCUUAAUAACCAAAAUAAUUUGAGAACAAUGCUUGAUCUUAUGCAUACUGUGAUGAAUUAUAACUAUAUGCUUAACAACUCUUAGAGAAUGGCUUGACAACUAUAGUUUUGUGAUAGUAAAAGAUGGCAAGUUAAUACGAGCUUUACUUCUCACAUUGUCUUAAAUAGUUCAGAAUAUGCAAUAUGCUUUAUACUGUGUGUAAUGAACCUGGGCUUAUAAGUAUUAUACCUUGUUAGUACAGUAGUAUACUUUAUUCUGGUAAAGUGAAUACGUCAUACGUCAUAGUGUUCACUGAUUAUUGUGAAGGUCACUAGUGAUAUUGUGUCUUAAUUAUAUUCAUAGCACAGCAAUUUGUGGUAAUUAUUGUACAACAAAAGAGUAAGCUUCCCGGUGUUGUGCGUCUCCAAGCCUCAGCUCCACACUAGCAGUGCCUCAUAAGUAAGAUAAACUGUAUGAAUAGGCAAUAGACUUUAAAAUUUGUAAUAUGUUAUGAAUACAAGGGUGAUGCUAAUUGUUUAAUUAUUUUACAAUGGAUUUGGUGUAGUAUUUCCACAGCUGUAAAGACUCUUUGGAGCUAACACAGUAUUCAUUCUUGGUACAGUGGUAAAUUCAUCAUAUGAAUGGAGAAAUGCCUUGGUAUUAGUCCUACUACAGCAUGACGAUACACCUUGAUGAGUAAAUCCAGGGCAAUGUGAACUACUGUACACGGUUUUGUAGUUCUGUACUUCAAAAGUUUUUGUGUUGGUGCUCACACACUUAGCACUUUUGAAUUUAGAAUUAGAGUGCCAGUCAGGGUGUAUGAAUGGAAACACGGCAGUAUUGGAGGUCAAGCAAGGCUAUAAGGACAGGAACACUGAGACAUAUUGGGGUUAAAGGCACUGCAGAACUGAUGAGUUGGUCAAAGACAAGCUCAUGCUGUAACUGGUGCCCCAUCUAUUGUGAUGCAAGCUACAUUCCAUGUAAAUAAAUAGCUAUUAAAAUGUUUAUGAAGGCAAUGUCAGGGAUGUAUAUAAGAAAUGUAAUUUUGUAUCAUAUAAGUAGAUGUUAUCUAUAGAAUUACCAAAUAAAACAUUAUCCAUAA